CUUCCUUUUCUCCAUUUCCAUAUCAUAAUUCACACAAAACUACUACACAUAACAUCCAAUUUUCUUGUUGACAUUUAUCACCAGAUAUCUUGCUUCCUCUUAAUAACAUCUCAGCUAGCUUCAAUUUCUCUCUCCAUAUAUCAUUCACCCUAAAUAUUUUCAUCAAAGUCUUUUCAUUCAUUCUCAAAAAUUCAAAAUAUACCUUUUCUACUUGAUCUCAAAUUUGUAUCGUUGUUUCGCUUUGUUCUUCAUCUUUCUUACCUAACAAAUAAUGUCCUCUCACUAGACAAGAUCACGUAUUAGUAUUUAUCAUUGAGAAUCAGAAGACAACUAUUGAAUUAAGAUAGCAAUAUAUAUAUAUAUAUAUAUAUAUAUAUAGAUGAUGAUGUCGGGAGCAGCAAACGGGCAGCUUUCAGUUCCUCCAGGGUUUCGAUUUCAUCCGACAGAUGAAGAGCUUCUUUAUUAUUAUCUAAGGAAGAAAGUAUCGUAUGAAGCAAUAGAUUUGGACGUUAUUAGAGAAGUGGAUCUUAACAAACUUGAACCAUGGGAUCUCAAAGAAAUAUGUAGAAUAGGAUCAGGUCCACAGAAUGAAUGGUACUUUUUCAGCCAUAAGGACAAGAAGUACCCUACUGGUACUCGAACAAAUCGAGCGACCACAGCUGGAUUUUGGAAGGCUACAGGGAGAGAUAAGGCAAUCUACCUUAGUAACUCCAAGAGAAUUGGGAUGAGGAAAACUCUUGUAUUUUAUACCGGACGUGCCCCUCAUGGCCAAAAGACAGAUUGGAUCAUGCAUGAGUAUCGCCUUGAUGACAACAAUGCUCAAGUAGAGGCAUUGCAGGAAGAGGGUUGGGUUGUUUGUAGGGUGUUCAAGAAAAAGAAUUACACAAGAGGUUUCCAACAUGAUAUGGGUGAUCAAGAUCAUGAGGAACAAUUACAUAAUUUUACAGAUCAUAUGAAAGGUGGAGGAAGCUCAAAACAAAAUAUUCAACAACCUCAAGGCUGCUACGACGUGUAUGCAUCAUCAUCAUCGUUUGAUGGUUCAAUGCACCUUCCUCAAUUGCUUAGUCCCGACUUAUCACUUCCUUGUCCACUAGGCCACCCCUUGAGUACUCACAAUAUCGAAUGUUCACAUAAUCACAACUUAUUGAGGCUAUCAUCAUCACCUUUUAAUAUUCCUCAACAACACGAUAAAUUUAGUGGCGAUUGGUCUUUCUUGGAUAAGCUUCUUGCUUCUUCAAACCAACAAGGCGCCGUCCUGCAGUCUCAGCCAACUACAACACAUUUGGUUAACCCUACUACAGCCGCACAAAAAUAUCCAAUCUUUCAUCACCAUGCCUUUGAUCCUGAUCUUUUAAAUAUCUCAAAGUAGUAAUAUUCUGUCUCUAUUUUAUUUUUUUUCGGGUUCUUUCAAUGUUAAUUUAGACAACUUAAGUUUCUCAUGUACUACGUUUAAAAGUACUUCAUAGAUUAUCUUAUUUUA